AUGUCUGGGUCAGAGUCGUCAUCGCCUCCCAAGCGGCCAAGGCUUAGUCUCCAAAUAAAGACUCCUUCCACGGCACUGACUUAUGGAAAGUCUUCGACGGCAUUGAAGGCUGAUGUUGACCCAUCAUCUCCUACCGCUUUUAAUACACUCUCGAAUGCAUACGCUGCCGCGAUUGAGAACUCAUCACCGAGGACGGCAAGGCCUAUAUCAGCAACUAUAAAGAGCGGAAGGCCUACCUCGCUACGGCUAGAGACGAGGAACGCUGGUGAUAAUCACUACGUCCAUCCAUCACAACGAACCCAAACCCCAGGGCCAUUCUCAAUUACCUACCCAGAUACCCCGAGCUCCGCAAUCUCUGGCUCGACAUCAAUCCCCGAAUCAGCAGAAUCUCAAACCCCCGCUUCAUCCUUUACAUUUACACCACCCCAGUCAGCUGGUACUACCGAGCAGAAGCUACCAAGUGUCUUCACUUUUGCAGCCAAUGUUCCCAACAAAGACUCUCCGAGUACCCCGAGAACACCCAGGCGGCGGGCAACAUUCGGCAAUCAACAUCAAGCGGCGCCAUAUACACAUCCCCGAAGCUUACACAGCAUACUCCGAAACUCACCACUACCCCCUCGAAGCACCAUGACCCCCGCAACCCCGAGUCGCGUUUCUAUGCGAAUUGCAAAUCGGGCUGGAAAAAAAGUGGGAUACAACGAUCCGCUCACCCAAACAAUAACAACGAAUAAAUACGUCAAAUCACAUAUUGAUCUACUAUCGGAAGAAUCCCCAUACUCCGCCGCCAAUACCGAAAAGCAGGACACUUUAGAUUUAACUUUCGCAUACACGGGAGAUGAAACCAGAGAUGGGGGACAAACGCCCGGGCCAUUUGAAGAAAUGAGGAGGAGAAUGGCAGAAAGCGAAUUAGAAACACCAGGAACGAAAAAACGAAAGAGAAAGGAGAAGAAACGGAAGUGGGAGUGGACAAUUACUAGCACUGAAGGAGAAGGGGAUGAUGAGGACGAAAAGACGCCUGUGAUUAAGACGCCAUUGACAGCUGUGAGGAUGGAGAAGACUCCGAGCACGGCUGUCUGGAGAGGGUCUUCGGUAUCGACCACGGAUUCUGAAAUGUCAGACGUGGAAGAGGGUCGCUUUGUUGGCUCAUGCAUAGACCCGACAGAUUCAGAAAUGUCUAGCAGCGAUGAUCAGCGACCAGGAAGCUCACAAUCACUUUGA